AUGGUAACACCAAGUUCAGAACAAUUCACAGUGAAGGGCUUAGAGAGGCCAAUCGUGGCUUCACUGGGUGGAGAAGUUGAGCUCAGUUGCCAGCUGUCCCCACCACAGAAUGCACAACAUAUGGAGAUUCGCUGGUUCCGGAACCGCUACACACAACCUGUUCAUCUGUACAAGGAUGGUAAAGACCUGUAUGGAGAAACUAUCUCCAAGUAUGUGGAGAGGACAGAGCUACUGAAAGAAGCCAUUGGAGAAGGUAAAGUGACCCUCCGGAUCCUUAAUGUCAGUGUUGAUGAUGACGGACAGUACCACUGCUUGUUCAAAGAUGGUGAUUUCUAUGAAGAAGCCAUCACAGAAGUGACGGUCACAGCUACAAACUUAGAAAUACAGAUUCUUCUGCAUCCUUCUAAUAUCAAAGGUCUUUUAGUGGAGUGUAAUUCAAGAGGAUGGUUCCCACAGCCUCAAAUGGAAUGGAGAAACAGCAGAGGAGAGGUCAUUCCCUAUGCAUCAAAAGCCCACUCACAGGACAGUCACAAAUUGUUCAACAUGAAGAUGACCAUUCUCCUUAGCAGUCAGUCCCAUGGAAAUGUCACUUGCUAUCUCCGAAACCCUGUAACUGGUCAAGAGGAAAGUACAAGCAUUGCCCUAUCAGAUAAACUCUUUCCAUGGAACAUUAUUUGGAAACUGAUUCUGGCUGCAAUUAUGGCUGUGCUGCUGUUCUUUAUCAUGAUACCCAGUGCUGAACUCUAUUUCAAACAGCAACGUAGCUCCUGCAGCUAUACCUCUCCUUGUGCCGUGGGUGCGGUGAUAGUCUGUUCUUCAAUGGGUACAGUCAUUGGACUCAUCAUUUACAUGCACUGGAGAACACGAGUCCCUGUUUCAGAUCCACAAUUCCAGCUGGAUACUGUAUGGUUGGAAGAUAUCACUGUGGCCCUCUGUGUGCUGACAGUCUUCAUCACCAUGUUCCUUUCCUUUAUUUACUUCAGAUUGAGAGCCUUCUUGAGGCUCCUGGGUGUUCUACCAGUGCCAGGAUUAGUGCCUCAAAUGCCAAUGUCAGUCUCAGCUCUGAUUGAACAAUUGUGA